AUGCCUCUUCCAGGCUUCAACUUCGGGCCGAACUUCAAGCACAGUGGGCCUAGCUACUUCUCGCGCUGGCCGGGAGGUGGAGAUGUGGUUGUGCGCGUCGAUUGCCCAAUCCUUGGAAAUUCCCAUCGACUUCGUGUCUACAAAGAGAUCCAAAUCCACGGCGAAGUGAGUCUCAAGCGAAACGUGCAGCGACUCGUGGCCAACAAAAAGUUCUUAGAGAAGCAAAAGAGCGAACGCACAUGGGCAAUCCGUGUGGAUGGUUUGGAGCCAGAGUUCAAUGGCCCCUACCAGCGAGCUGGUGCGCGGAAUAGUAUGCCGCUCUAUGUCAAGAAUGGAACAAGCGCUGCGAUCUAUUUCAGCGCGAAGGAGAAGGAGUGGCGUAUCGUGCAGUUAUCCGAUGCGGACGUGGAGAAGCUGGAACUGGAGGACCACAUCAAUUCCUUAAAGUUGAAGUUUGAAUUUACUCAGAUGGCAUUGGAGUUGGCUUGCUUCUUCGCGGUGGGACGGGUAGAGGAGGAAUUACUGGAAGAACUACGGACAGAAGUGGAGAAGUCUUUGGCUGGAUUUGAGAGGUCCUCCAAGGAGCCGUUCCUCUUGAAGGCAGAUUGGCACACCUGGCCACACCUGGAGACCUUCUACGGCCUUGUCCCACGUUUGGGUCGUGCUGGUACCCUGCACCCUGCGCCGCUCUGCUGCACAGCCUUCGCUGAGGCCUUGCGCCGCCGCAUGCGGCGGCUGUUGAGGGACGUGCCGGGGAGAAGCAAGACAGCGCAAGCGGUGCAGGAGGCCUUGAAGACUGGUAUGUUUGCGGCAGUGGAAGCGCAGGUGCAAACUUCGUGUGGCGAGUGGCACUUCAUGCGAUCGCAUCGCGACGGCGCGAGCGGCCUCGUUCAGUUGGGGCUCACGCUACAGGGCCGCCGUCACUUGCGCCUGGCCGCUCGGCGGACGCCCGACAGGGCACCGCUGACAGGCGGCUGUGCGGGCGAGAACGAGGUCGACGUUUGGGCAGAGGGAGAGCAGGCAGAUGCUACGAGCAGCAUCUCAGUGGUAACGGUGCCAAUGGCUGAAGGUGAUGUUUACCUGGCGACUCCUGCUAUCCUUGAGCACGGGGUGGCCUACGAGCCUGGCCAGCAGACUGUUGCACUGAUGUUUCGCCUCGCUCUCGCAGCGGAGGCAGAGGAAUUAAACCGAUGUCAAAGUGAUGACUUUCACCAAGUAGCUGGCCACGUGGCAUUGGAACUGCAGAAGGCAUUGGAUCAACGCAAGCUGCAUUUGCCAAGCUUGGCAGAGGUCAUAGAGGGACUCAGGGACUUGGAGGGGAGGGAAGGAGCAGUGGAAAAUCUGAAGAUCUUGGCGCACGCGCCGAAGGAGCCCAAGGACAAGGACGACAUGUCGCCUCCCCGAGAAGGCUGGGAGAGGCCGCCAGAGAUCAUGGGCUAUGUGCCGGUGGAAGACUUCAGGAGCGCCUUGAAGAAGGGGAGCAUGGAGAAUGAGGCUUCGAAGCUGAUCGAAGCACUCAGAGGCACCGUCGAUGGCGAGGAAGUGAUCUUCCGCUCCGGAAGGAAGACGACGCUGGAAGCACAAUGGGAGAAACUGAGCAAUCCAGGUAUGGGCGUCGAGGCCACAUGGAGCUCGGCAGUGGAGGUCUCACAAGAGAGGCUGAUGAAUAAAAUGGGCCUUAGCAAGUGCAAAGUCGUCGAGACGGCGCAUCCCUAUGAGACAGCGGAGCAUUCCUUUACCAAGACGGUGUCCAUCGAUACGGAGGGUCCAAUCGAGGUCCAUUUCGGACAGGAGUGCCGCACCUACGAUCACCGCACCACACUUUGCGUUUAUGGGGGCGGCCUCAGCAAAGCUUUGGUGGGCGUUGGCGCACGCGUGCACGUCAAGGUUCCUACAGGUCAAGAACAAGCGCAUGGCACCAUCAUUGGCCGUUCUGAAGGUGGCCGGUGGAAGGUACGUGUGGACAAGGACGAAGCUGAAAUCUGCGGCUGUUUUAAGGAGCCUUUGGCCAAUUAG